AUGUUUGGCCUUGACUUGUUUAACUUCGACAUGUUCGGCUUCAACAUCUUCGGCUUCAAUGCGUUUGGCUUCGACAUGCUCAACAUGUUUAAGCUCCCAAGCUACCUGGGUAGCCUCAGCCAAAUUAUCAUCUACCUUACUCUGGCUGUGUCGCUCCUGGGGGCGGCAGGCAACGGACUGGUGCUCUGGUACCUGGGCUUCCGCAUCAGGAAGCGUGCGCUCAACACCUAUCUACUGAACCUGGCCGCCGCCGACUUCCUGUUCCUCUGCUGCCAGGCAGGCUUCUGCAUCAGCCAUGUGGUGCUGGGCAACUCCCAGAGCACGAUUUUCUUCGUGGUUACCUUCCUGUGGUUCACAGCGGGGCUCUGGCUACAGACCGUCUUCUGCAGCGAGUGCUGCAUCUCCUUCGCCUUCACCUCCUGCUGCAGGUGCAACCGUCCCAAGUGGACCUCGAUUAUCAUUUGCGCCAUAGUCUGGGUGAUGACCGUGGUGGCUGUGCUAACGACCGCCAGGGCCUGUGGCAUGCUGCAAGACAGCUUUCGCCUGGUGGCCUGCCUCCGUUACCACAUGGCCAGCGUCGCCUGGCUGGUGACCCUCAUGAUCACAGCGAGUGGGGCCAGCAUGACCCUCCUCUGGCUGAGCUGCUGCCGACUGCGCAAGUUUCCCAAGUUCUACCGUGUUGUCAAGACAACGGGGUCCCUGGUCUUCGUCUGUCGCCUGCCCUUCGUCCUCUAUUGGAGCCUGCGACCUAUCAUAAACUUCCUGAUGCCCAUGUUCCUCCCUCUGGCCACCUUCCUGGCCUGCAUUGACAGCACUUCCAGGCCCGUCAUUUACUACCCGAGGCCGCCGCCCCAUCGUUAG